UCCAAAAAAAAAAAAAACAUGGAAGAAGAAAAAGGCUUGACGAAGAAGAUGAAGAAAGUCAUGGUGGCGAUUGACGAGAGCGAUUGCAGCAAACGCGCUCUCUCAUGGACUCUCGAGUAUCUCAAGGAUUCCAUUUUGGAUUCCGAGAUCAUCGUCUUCACUGCUCAACCUCCCCUCGAGCUCAGCUAUGUCUAUGCUUCCUCCUAUGGCGCCGCUCCGAUAGAGCUGAUAAACUCAAUGCAAGAGAAUCAUAAGAACGCUGGAUUGAAUCGACUGGAAGAAGGGAAAAAAAUAUGUGCCGAGCACGGGGUUACUCCACGGACAGUAAUGGAAACCGGAAAUCCCAAAGAGCAGAUAUGUGAAGCUGUGGAGAAGCUUGGUAUCGAUUUGCUUGUAGUUGGAAGCCAUGGACGUGGGGCAAUACAGAGGACUUUUCUAGGAAGUGUCAGUAAUUACUGUGUGAACAAUGCAAAGUGCCCAGUUCUUGUUGUGAGGAACCCAGCCUGAGGAAAUUGGCUCUUGCCAGAUCUACAAUGCCAGGCAUCGCUAUGUGUGUGUAUCUUUCUCUAUCGUAAAGUGAAAAUGCUUAAUAUGUUUAGUACUUUAUGAUACUUGUACUUUGUGGGAGUGGUCGCGAUAUUAAUUUGUUUGUUCAGUUGGGAUUUUGUUUUGCUCUGGUGUUUUGAUUUUCACUCUGUAAUGCAGGCAUGAAUUUGAUGGUGAUAAUAACU